AGCUAGUGUAAAAUUCACUGCGCGAGACAGAGAAUGCAGAUGCGAGGGAGAUGAGACAUAACGAGAUUAAACAGAUACAACAACUUCGAUUUCGCUUAAUGCUCUCAGCUGCAUAAUCAAAAGGAAAACAGUUGAACAGUCACCGAUGGCUGAAUAAUCCGCUCUACAGACUCGUGUAAAAAAUGAUGCAGCAUUCAGACACGGUUGUUAUAUAGGCUAUGCGGUGAACUGCGCGUGGUUCUCACGAUGCACUGCAACUCACGAGCUGCGUCGGCAGGAGAAUAUCCUUGGACAAAUCAUGGAUUUACGCAUCGCUGCAAAGAAUCAGUGCAAUUGAUAAGGGGAUUAAUAUUACAGAGAGACAUGAAGUGUACACUGUAGUGACCACAGGAUUAAAGGGCUUGUAAUCGGAGCAGAGUUAAGGGAGCUGUGCUGCGGAUUUGCUCAGUCGCUUUCUCUUGGACCCUGGAGUUAUCGCACUUCCAAGGAAUACAGGUGCAUCAGGCGAUUGUUGGUGAAUUCAUUUGGUCAUCUGUGAGUAGGGGUGGGACAACGGCGACCCUGGCAGUUAAAUAAACUGCGCCAGUAGGGAUUAGUGCAAUCAAAAUUUCCUUGGUUCGUAAUAAAAACCUAUCACUUGGGGAAAACUCUCUGUUUCACAUGGGAGAAGCGAGGGUUCGGCUGCCUUUAGGUUGGACCCGGGCUCUCUGUCAAGAUGACAACGCUUCAGAAGCUGAGCGAAAGAAACGAUGGGCUGAACUGUUCGACCAGCUCGAUGUGAAUAAAGACGGCAGGAUAGAUAUUAACGAACUUCGGAACGGUCUCGCGGCUUGGGGGGUCAUCCGCAGUGACGUGGACGAGAUAGUCCGUGUCAGUGAUACCAAUCAUGAUGGACAGCUAGACUUUGAGGAAUUCACCCAGUAUUUGUGCAUGCAUGAGAAAGAGCUCAGACUCAUGUUCCACAGUUUGGACAACAACAAUGAUGGUCAUAUAGAUGUAGGGGAAAUCCAGCAGUCUUUGCAAAGUCUGGGUGUUAAAGUGUCGAUUGAGCAGGCCUCCAGGAUACUGCAAAGCAUGGACAGAGAUGGUACAAUGACCAUCAACUGGAAUGAAUGGCGAGAUCAUUUCCUGUUUAAUCCAUUUCACAACAUGGAGGAAAUUGCCCAUUUUUGGAAGCACUCUUUGAUGCUUGAUAUAGGAGAACACCUGACAGUGCCGGAUGAAUUUUCUGAACACGAGCGGAGGGCAGGGUUGGUCUGGAGGCAGCUUGUUGCAGGCGCGAUUGCAGGAGCUGUAUCCAGAACUGGAACUGCUCCACUAGACAGACUAAAAGUUUUUUUACAGGUUCAUGGGUCAGCAGGUGUCAGUUUGUGGUGUGGACUACAGCGAAUGGUACAGGAGGGGGGUGUCAUGUCCUUAUGGAGGGGAAAUGCCAUAAAUGUUGUCAAAAUUGCUCCUGAGUCUGCAAUCAAGUUUAUGGCAUAUGAACAAAUAAAGUGGCUGAUUCGAGGUUCCAAGGAAGGGGGUACACUGAGGGUUCAGGAGAGGUUUGUUGCUGGCUCAUUGGCUGGAGCCACUGCUCAAACUAUCAUCUACCCAAUGGAGGUGUUGAAGACGCGUCUUACUCUACGGAAGACAGGGCAAUACUCUGGGAUGGUAGACUGCGCCAAGCAGAUUCUGCAUAAGGAAGGGGUGCGAGCCUUCUACAGGGGCUAUGUACCAAACACAAUUGGCAUCAUUCCUUAUGCUGGCAUUGAUCUGGCUGUCUAUGAGACUUUGAAAAAUGCCUGGCUGCAGAGGUACUGUAUGGGUUCAGCUGAUCCUGGUGUUUUGGUUUUGCUUGGCUGUGGCACCGUGUCAAGCACCUGUGGCCAGCUAGCCAGUUACCCAUUAGCCCUUAUUCGUACUCGCAUGCAGGCACAGGCUUCCACAGAGGGUGCUCCAAAACUAUCCAUGGUGGGCCAAUUCAAACACAUAGUGACCCAAGAGGGUGUCCCAGGUCUGUACCGUGGCAUUGCCCCCAACUUCCUGAAAGUCAUUCCUGCAGUUAGUAUUUCUUAUGUGGUCUAUGAGCACAUGAAGAAAGUCCUGGGAGUGAAUUCAUAGAAACUCCUACCACAGAACAAUAAACAACAAAGAAAUAUUAAAAACUCUGGGCAUGCCUUAGAAGACUCAAAUGAAGAAUAAACCAAGAUAACUGCACCAUAAGGAGAAGCAGACAGAUGCAUCAGUGUCAAUACAGAGAAGUAAUGCUCAAAACCUACAUUAUAUACAAUCAUCUUCGGUAUAUGUAUCUAUAAGAGGUGGGAAGAAUGGCACUUCAUUUUAAUGGGUCUAUGAUGUGUGUUACAAACAUUCCUCAUUCCAUUUUUCUUGUAAUUACUAAUUGCUACAGCUGCACAUUAAAAACCUGCUUAUGCCUCAAAAUGUUUUAUUAAUAGAAGUUUAUUAAAGUAAGCUUGGUUUAACAGAUAACACUUGAAUGUUAAAAUACGGUGUUUAAACUGAUAUCGCCUUGAUCGACAAACUAUUGCAUGUUAGGGGUUGGAAUUUUGAUGGAAGGAUUUCAUUUUUUAAUUUGCAGUGGUUGCUUUGUGUUUUUUGAUGAAUAAUAAAAAGAUUCUAGCACUGCAAAACUGUUUUAAACUUAUGUUUUAAACUAACAUUUUUACUUAUUUUAAGCAUUAAAUGUUCUUAUUCGUCUAUUAAAAAAUGCUUAAAGUUAGUCACAAUUCCAGGUAUGUUUUAAUAUAUAUUUUAUUUAUUCUAGAUAAAUUUAUAGUCAUAAAUUGGACUAUAUUUUUAAGAUAUUUUUAUUUGCUAAGAUGUAUUUUUAUUUUGAUUUUUGCAGUGAGGCUACACAGAAUUUAAUAGUUUUCAUAUAUAACCUUGGUUUUCUGACUGAGUGUAUAGGGCUGUCUGCGCUGUUUCUUUUGGAACUACUGGAGGGCAUAUGUUAAGGUUGUCACAAAGAUUUGUAAGGUGUCCUUCACUGACUCUGACUCAUUAAUAGUGUAAAGACCAUAAUUUAUAAAAGAUUACAGUAGCUCAAAUUGUCAGUAUUGCUCCCUGUUGAGAAUCAGAUGGUGAUUAUUGAGGAUAAGAAUUACUCAAGUGCUGAUCCUGAAUUUUUAUUGAGGAAGGAAAUGAAUGGGUGAAAAUCAAACCACACAAUACUCUAACAGGGGAAUAGGCAUACCUCUAGUUGGCUGUGGUAGCAGUGUUCAGUCUGUGAAGUCUGUCCAUGAGUGAUGCUCUUCUCAGUGUCACCAGGAGGUUGUUAUAAGAGGUGUGAAAUGACAUUUAAUGGAUGAAACCUCUUCACUUGCCUGAAGUAUACGUGCACACUGACUUUUACUUGUCAUUGGAGCCCCUUUACAGCUUUCCUUAAGGCAUACAUAUAGCCAGUCAGUGACCCACCAGCAGACAGUCAUAUCUGCACAGAAUGCUUGAGAGCACUCACUGGACUGGGUGUCAUCUGUAAGAGUAUUCUGAUAUUAAACGCAGAAACAUGAUAGCCAUUAACACAUACAAUUCAGCAAUUCAUCUGGCUGUAGAAAUGGACAGAAAACUACUGCUUUAAGUGAUGACCACCUUGCAGCUUCUGUUAGUUCAGCUAGCAUGGACUAAGUCCUACUACUGAACCAAUAUUCUGGACCGACAUUUUGCACCCUUGCUUUUAGGUCAUGUUCUCACAGUGGUUCAACCAUCAGACAGUUCCUGAUGAAUAAUGCUGAAAAUGACCUUUAAACACAAUAAAGUUUCAGUUAAUGCAAGGCUCUUGAAGAUGAUCUUGUACAUAAUUCAACUGAAACCUGAUAGAACAGCUAGCUUGAUAGGCUGCCAUGAUAUUUGUCAAAGUAAAAAUGUUAUGAAUUCAAACAAUUAUGAAUACUAGAAUUGCUGGCAUGCAAAGUGCACACUCUUUUGCAGUUUAAAAUGAACGCAAAAGCUCCUUUAGUUCCAGAGGACUACUCUGGUAGUAUUUAACAAAAGAAAGUAGAAAUAUAAACUGUCCUGCUGAAUACCCGCUUUUGGCCAAUAUAUUUGUGUUUGUUCAUACAUUUUGUGGAAAAUGCUUUUUUUUUCUUUUCUGAUUUUAAUUGUUUUUAACCAAAACUAACUGACCUUUCUGAAAAUGAUCACUUUUAAGAAGGUCAGUGUUCACUGUCUGAUGUUCUCCUGCAGUUCUGAGAAUCAGUGUUUACUUACAGUAUAAAUCUCUAUUAAUAAGAGAUGAAAGACUUUUGUAAGGUUUCCCAUACUGGGUAAUUGCUGCAAUGUCUGAAACUAAUUCAAAAUACUUAAAAAUAUAUUCAUUUUUGUGCACAGAAUUAUAUACUCCCCUAAAAUCUUCAGUAGGUCCAGUGGAAAAUGUGACCAUUUACAAGCAUUUAUUUAUUAUAACUGUCCUUUGUUCAUUAAUAUAGGAACUAUUAACACCUAAUAAUCUGUAUUUUUUUAAUGAGUGUGUUUUCAUAAAUUCAUGUACAUUACCGCAAAAUAUGAAGGACAUGUAUGAAUAUACUGAAAACGAAUUUUCAUGGAAAUAUUAACUCAUCUUAUCUGAUAACUAACUUUUAUGAUCUUGGUUCUACUAGAUCUACUCCAUUUUCCCUUCCCUAAUUUGAAUGGCAUUACUUUAUAUACAUGUAUUUUAAAUACUUGCACAAGGUAAAAUUUUACUUUUACUAAAUUAGAUAAAACUUGAAAUAAAAAAAAACAGAAAAGUUUCUUUCCUGAAUGUUUUGAACUGAGAAUGCCUGUAUGAGUAGAAUAAUUAUUAUAGCAUUAUAUAUAACAGUAUUAUUAUUUGAAUCCAAUGCAUGCUAUCAGUAUUAAAUGUAUUUCCAUUGGCUUUCAUCAAUGCAGUCCCUUGCAUUGUCUUUCAUUUUCCAUUAUACUAAAAUGUCUAGCAUAAAUGAAGGUUUUGCUAUUAUUAUUAUUAUUAUUAUUAAUAAUAAUAAUAAUAAUAAUAAUAAUAAUAAUAUUUGGAUCAGAGAAUUCACUUUUAUAUCAGUGGUUAAGUUCAUAUUCCAGAACUGUCAAUGUGCCACUGCUGGGCCUAAGGGCAAUGCCCUUAACCCUCAAAUGCUCAGGCGUAUUUAAAAAAUUACAUAAAUGUAAGUUGCUUUGGAUAAGGGCAUCUGCCAAAUGCUAUAAACGUCAUUCUCUGCUAAUUUUGGAGAGGCCCAGAUGCUCUGUAUGUUUUUAAAUCUCUAUUUAUGAAACAGUGAAGAAAGAAGUGAUAUAUAAAUAUAUAUUGAAAUCAUUUAUUGGCAUAAUAUAAGAAAGAAGAAUCUGUAUGAAGGAAGAUGCUUAUAUUGCUGUAGACAA